CUUUACUUCAAUUGCUUUUAUUAUUAUUACGUAAACAAACACUUUGUGAGCGACUGUUAUGUCGGCUCUCGUGGCCAAAGGUGUCAAAUGGAUCCGAUUGUCGGCAAUCACUCUCUCCUGCGGUUAUAUUUCCUUCAAUUUCAUCGCUGAACCCAUUCUUUGCUCGGGAUCAUCGAUGGAGCCGACACUUCACGAUAAGGACAUUAUACUCACUGAACGCUAUUCAUCAGUAUUUAUCAAAAGCUAUAAUCGUGGUGAUGUAGUGGUCGCUCGAUGUCCAGCGGAUCCCAAAACGUUGAUCUGUAAGCGUGUGGUUGCGGUGGCGGGAGAUUCGGUGCGACACGGAUUCAUAUCGCAACAAGUGGUCCCUCGCGGACACGUUUGGCUCACCGGUGAUAACACCAACCACUCGACCGACUCUCGAGAUUGGGGUCCCAUUCCUAUUGGACUUAUCGUCGGCAAAGCAGUCCUCAGGAUCUGGCCGUACGAAGACUUCCAGCUGUUGGACAGCAGACCCACAAAGUCUUCCAAACAAUAACUCAAUUGACACACAAAUAGAUAAUAUAUUUAUAACUCGUUUUCUCCACUCAUAUAUGAAUAGUAUUUUAUGACAUAAACUGUAAAUAAUAUAACAAAUAGUCAUUUCUUAUUAAAUGUUUUUUAUUAA